ACGCUCGUGUGCUGGCUGCAUGCAGUUCGUGUCUUGCCUGUGUGAGCCUACGAUGGCAGGCAGGAUUAGCCGUGCUGUGCUGUGUGUGCAUGCUGUGUAGAAUUCAUUACACGUUGCCUAGUAUUUCAGAUAUGACAGUCAUGUCCCUCUCCAGGGACCUCAAGGACGACUUUCACAGUGACACGGUGCUCUCCAUCCUCAAUGAGCAGCGCAUUCGGGGCAUCUUAUGUGAUGUCACCAUCAUUGUGGAGGACACCAAGUUUAAAGCCCACAGCAAUGUCCUGGCCGCCUCAAGCCUUUAUUUCAAAAACAUCUUUUGGAGCCAUACGAUCUGUAUUUCCAGUCACGUCCUGGAGCUGGACGAUCUGAAAGCCGAAGUGUUUACAGAGAUUCUUAAUUACAUCUACAGCUCCACCGUGGUGGUCAGGAGACAGGAAACCGUCACUGACCUUGCAGCUGCAGGGAAAAGGCUGGGAAUAUCAUUCUUAGAGGACCUUAGUGACCGCAACUUCUCAAAUUCCCCAGGUCCUUACGUAGUCUGCAUCACUGAAAAGGGCGUGGUUAAGGAAGAAAAAAAUGAAAAAAGGCACGAAGAGCCAGCUGUCACUAAUGGGCCCAGGAUCACAAACGCAUUUUCCAUCAUUGAGACGGAAAAUAGCAAUAGCAUGUUUUCUCCCCUGGACUUGAGGGCAAGCUUCAAAAAAGUGUCGGAUGCCAUGAGAACCGCUAGCCUUUGCCAGGAGAGAGCCAGUGUCUGUCCCGAGGCAGAGCCUGUCCGCACGCUCGCCGAACACUCAUAUGCCGUUUCUUCCAUCACUGAGGCCUACAAGAGUCAGCCUCUGAGGGAACAUGACAGCAGCAGUUCAUCUGGUAAAGCGGGAAAAGAAAAUGGCGAAGCUCUCACCACAAAAGCAAAGCCAUGCCGAAAGCCAAAGGCCCAAACCCAGGAUUCUGACUCAACCACAGAGAACAUGCCACUCCCUCUAGUAACCUGCCCAGAGGUGAAUCAAGAAAGAAGCCCACAGCCAGCUCCAAUUCUGUCACACUCAGAACCUCCCAGCAGUGAAGGAGACGUCCAUUUUCCCAGGGAAGAUGAAAGCCAGCCCUCUGAGGCUCCUGGUCCCCCGGCAGCAGAGGUCCCGCCCCUUGUUUAUAAUUGUAGCUGCUGCUCCAAAUCCUUCGACAGCAGCACACUGCUCGGGGCCCACAUGCAGCUGCACAAGCCGACGCAGGACCCCUUUGUGUGCAAGUACUGCAACAAGCAGUUCACCACCCUCAACAGGCUGGACCGGCACGAGCAGAUCUGCAUGAGGUCGAGCCACAUGCCCAUGCCAGGAGGAAACCAGCCCUUCUUAGAAAACUACCCCACCAUUGGACAAGAUGGCAGUUCAUUCACAAGCCCAGACUCACUGGUGCCAGAAAGUAGGAUUGGUGAACUAUCCAGCGCUGGGAGUGCCUUGUCAGACGCAGACCACAUGGUGAAAUUUGUGAACGGGCAGAUGCUCUACAGCUGCGUCGUGUGCAAACGUAGCUAUGUGACUUUGUCCAGCCUCCGGAGGCACGCAAAUGUCCACUCGUGGAGAAGAACGUACCCUUGUCAUUACUGCAACAAGGUCUUCGCCCUGGCCGAGUACAGGACCCGACACGAGAUCUGGCACACCGGAGAGAGGCGGUACCAGUGCAUUUUCUGUCUUGAAACGUUUAUGACCUACUACAUACUGAAAAACCAUCAGAAGUCUUUCCAUGCCAUAGAUCACAGACUCUCCAUCAGUAAGAAAACAGCAAACGGAGGCUUGAAGCCCAGCGUCUACCCAUACAAACUUUACAGGCUCUUGCCUAUGAGAUGUAAGCGGGCGCCUUAUAAGAGCUACCGGAGUUCUUCCUAUGAAAGUGCUCAAGGAAACCGUCAGAGGAACGAAUCCCCACCUGACACCUUUGUCAUGCCGAACCUGCCAAGCUCUGAAAUGCCCACACUGAACUUCCAAGAUGGCAGAAACUCCUUGACCAGCAGCCCUGCCAUCCCAGUGGAAACACCUUCAUGGCAGGGUACACCCGCUUCUGCCAAAGUAAAAAAUGCAGAAGGCCUCAAAUGGAGGAAGCAGCCACUGAAAACCGAUCUCGUCGAUUCGGCUGAGGUGUCGAUUUCUUCCAUUGGAAACUCUGUCAGCACCACCCUGCAGGCAGAGCCCGUGUGUGUUUUGAGUGGGGAGCACUCGGCCUCCGUGAUCAGCUACAGCGGCUCGGUGCCCUCUGUCAUUGUGCACAGCAGCCAGUUCUCGUCGGUGAUCAAGCACAGCAAUGCCAUUGCCUGCCUGGCCAACAGCAACCACCAGUCCCCUUCGCAGCCGGUGGCGAGUCCAUCCCUGAUCAAGGAUAGCAAGCCUGAGGCAGAUAAAGCCAGUAAACUCCCAAGCAGACCCAAAAACUCUAAGGAGAAAAAGAAAACCGUUCCAUGUAACAGGGGAGAAAUAACAGAGGAGGCAAAAUAUGUUGCUGAUCUCGGAGGAUCUUCGGGCAAAACCACAAAUGUCGAAGAAACCAGUAAGAUUGAAACUUAUAUAGCAAAACCCGCUCUGCCCGGCACCUCCACAAAUAGCAAUGUUGCACCCCUUUGCCAAAUAACAGUGAAAAUUGGGAACGAAGCCAUCGUGAAAAGGCAUAUCCUUGGGUCUAAGCUGUUUUACAAAAGAGGGAGAAAACCCAAGUAUCAAAUGCAGGAAGAGACAUUGCCUCGGGAGAGUGACCCCGAAACCCAUGGAGACAGCCCCCUUGGGCUCUGCCAAGCUGACUGUGUGGAGAUGAGUGAAGCAUUUGAUGAAGUGAGUGACCAGGACUCCACUGAUAAGCCGUGGCGCCCAUACUACAACUACAAGCCCAAGAAGAAAUCCAAACAGUUAAGAAAAAUAAGGAAAGUCAAGUGGAGGAAGGAACGAGGGAGCAGAAGCCCCGUGGGUCGGCGCAGGUAUCCAGCUGAGCUGGAUCGCGCAGAGAUGGGUCGGCGCAGGUACCCAGCUGAACUGGAUCGCUGCGCAGAGGUGAAACUGCCCCCAGAUAAGGCCUCUGAAGAAGAGGAGAAUAAAGAGAUGCCCAAGCUGCAGUGCGAGCUCUGUGACGGUGACAAAGCAGCAGGGGCGGGAGCCGAAGGCAAGCCCCACCAGCAUCUCACUCUGAAGCCUUACAUCUGCGAGCUCUGUGCGAAGCAGUUCCAGAGCUCCUCCACGCUCAAGAUGCACAUGAGAUGCCACACUGGCGAGAAGCCCUACCAGUGCAAGACCUGUGGGCGGCGCUUCUCAGUGCAGGGCAACCUACAGAAGCACGAGCGCAUUCACCUGGGCGUGAAGGAGUUCAUCUGUCAGUAUUGUAACAAGGCUUUCACGCUGAACGAGACGCUCAAGAUCCACGAAAGAAUCCACACAGGGGAGAAGCGUUACCACUGUCAGUUCUGCUUUCAGGGUUUCUUAUAUCUCUCCACAAAAAGGAACCACGAGCGGAGGCAUGUCCGGGAGCAUGACGGGAAAGGCUUUGCUUGCUUCCAGUGCCCCAAAAUAUGCAAAACAGCUGCUGCCCUCAGAAUGCACCAAAAGAAGCACUUAUUCAAGACCUUGACUAAGCAAGAGGAAACAGAUGACCUUUGCCACGAAAACUCCGAUCUCUUGGAGAGUCAACCUUGCACUGAUUCGGAAGACAGCGACCAAAAGGAUGACAUAAAAACCUUUGCUGAAAAUGUCCUUUGAGUGACAACAGUUAGAAAGGUCUUCAAAAUUGUUUGUGAUUUUUUUAUUUUUAGUUUUUUAAGUUUUUUUAAGCUUAGUUUUGUUCACAUAAUAUUCUCAAAGGAUGGGGGGUUGUUAAUUUUCAUUUGUGUAAACUCCCCCCCAAAAAAGGAUCCUAACAACUAUUUUGGGUUUUAUCAUUCACUCUACACAGAAUGCAUAAAAACAAACUAGCUGAAUCCUCUAACGACCGAGUAUUUGUGAAGGCUAAUGAAGUUCUGAGCUGUGGGAUUUUGAACAGUGGAAAGAGCAGCUGGAUUUUAGCCUAAUUUAAGCCUUUCUCUCGCACACUAAUGAGGUCUGCUGAACUGUUGUUCGUCACUGGAGAGAGUCAGGGUCAGGGUCGUGCAGAUGGCAUCUUUGAGACAUGCUAAACGAGCUAUGACAGUAUUUAUUGCCAUUGAGUUUCUGCACUAUUAAUCUUUGGUAAACUGAUGGGUAUUUACAAAAUAUCUAACAAUAUAACUGAACAUAUGUAAUGGAUAACCUAAAGUAGGACAUUCUCAUAUCACCUAGAGACACUUUUCUGCAGCGUAAACCUUGUAAAGUACGUAUAUGAAUCACUAUAACGUUUAGCUGUCUGUCCCUAGUAGAGAACCACAAAGAGCAAUAGACCUCAGAUAACACGGACUGCUGUAGAAAUCGGUAGAACAUUUGGAAUCUGGCUGACGAGCAUGUGUGUGCUUCUCGAUGGAGUACUGUGCUGUUCUCCUGAAGUAUGGCUGAGCUGUUAAUUGAACUGGUCCACUCAAGUCACACAGAACAUAGGUCAUGCCUUAUCUAUGGGAAAACCUUCCUAGACUUACCUGAGAUUACCUAUGCCACACAGUCCUCUGCAGUGGCCUCACCUCAGAAUGAAGAAUGAUCACAUUCUUCAGAACUCUGCAGUCUUCCAGUCAUCCCAAGGCCAUGGAUGUUGGGGGCUAUCCCACCCAACUUCUGUGGUCAAAUAAUCCUGGCCCCUCCCAUUCCACUGAAGCAGCAGCUAGAGGCUGAGGGAGACACACACCUCUGUGGUAAUCAAUCUCAGUCCCUUGGAAAGGCCGAAAGCCUGAUUCCUCAGUUUUACACCUCCUUGGAGCUAAUGCAGCCCACAGGUACAUAGUAGUGAAAAGGGCCACAGACUCCUUACCCCCACUGAUAACAUGAGGACAGGGGGACCUGAUGACCACCUUUGCCUCCAACAGCAGCAUCGUUUUGAGGGACGGGGAGAUAGAAUGUGGAAUGACAGUGUUCUGCCCCUUACAAGCAUGACUCGAAGCACCCACAAAGCCAGAUGCCCCUCCUUCGUGUUCACAGACAUUAGCUCCCUGUUAAAGCCCCACUUUCACUUCUAAAUCCUUCUUUAUACUGACUCAGACUGUCAACAUUGCCCUCAAAAGUCUCCUUGCCCUACAAGUAUUUUUUCAUGGGAACUAGGGUCCUGGAAAGCUGGAACUCAAAAGAUUCUUACUGUUAACACUGGCAGAGUAGGAGGGAGGGAGAGCACAGCCUACCCUUCCAGCACCAGAAUGGGCAAAACUCAGAACAGGUUAAGCAGUCAUUCCCGCUCAUUGGAUUGAGUAGGUGGAAAGCCAAGGCUGGAAGGUUAUCAGAGGACUCCGGUUUCUCCCACCCAGUGUUGUGUUGCCUCCACGAAGAAGGCUUAGCAUGGUUUGGGGUAGGCAACAUUUAAACACCCAGAAAAAAGGACAUGAUUCAAGGUGACCUUUAUACUGUAGCACUUUGCUGUUACCCCCAAUAUGUAUCUGCAUUUGUCAUUUGUUCAUCUCCCUUUACCUACAUACAGUAUUAUAUACUAGAGGACAUGGGGAAACGCAAGCAAUUGAACUUCGUUUUGUCCAUUGUAUAUAUGUGCACCCACACCAUUUGAGUUUUAGUAGUCACAAAGGGCUUAUGAAAAUCACUUUUGAAUUAAUAACUAGAUGACAAGCAAUCCUGUGAUCCACUAAUUUGUUUUAUCUCAGUUAUGAUUAUAAAACAAUUAUGGAUUUAAGUUGUUUUGAUUUAACUACAAAUAAAGUUAUAUGUAUUGAUGUCUCCCAUCAAUAUGUGGAUAUUUUUUAAGUGGACUUGUAUGCUGAUAAUUCUAGACCAAAGUAAAUAUGGCAGAAUAUUUAUACAUACAAAUAAUUUUGCAAAUAUUUUCUAUAAUUGUAUUAUUCAUUUAAAAUGUUGAUAGCUUGUGUUAGUUUCAGGGAGGGGGUGUAUAUUUUGAUAAAAUACUUGACUUUGUAAUUCUGUAUAUUCUAUACAAUUUAUAGCAGAGCCAUUUUAAGACAACUGGUUACAUUUUUUUUGUUGAUUGUGUAAAUGUUAUGAGUGGUGUUUAAGUAUGCAUCAAGUACAUAACGACCAAGUAGAAUUAAAGUGUAAACAGUGAACAUACUGUAUGCUGUAAAGAUAUAUUGUAACUUGCUGUUUUAGCAUCUGUAUUUUCGUUAGGAAAUAUGAUUAAAUGCAGAUGUUAAGGGUUGGAAAGGUCUAAUUUUAUUUUUAGAAAUAAUGAAUAUAAAUUUGUUUUGCUUGAUUAAAAUAGCUCAUUCCUA